AUGCUCCUGGCCAGCUUGCUCACCCGUCCAGCUCACUCUAUCAUCAACCAGUCGUUUGACUCCCGUCUCCGGAUGGACCACACACCCGUGAACGGAGACGGAUUUGGUGUGGGUUACUAUACCCCAGAUGACGAAUCUGACAAGGAGGUUGCCGACACCCCUUGUGUUUACAAGGCAAUCACCCCAGCAUGGAACAACCAGAACUUGCAAAAGCUUGCAGAAAAGACACGGUCCAGACUGAUCUUCGCUCACGUGAGAGCCUCAACUUACGGACUGUUAAGUGAAACAAACUGCCAUCCAUUCACAUACCACAGAAUCAUGUUCAUGCACAAUGGCGCCAUCACCGACUUUGGCAAAAUCAAGAGACUCCUCAUCCAGCAUAUUGAAGACGAGUUCUUCUUGACUAUCCAGGGAUCCACUGACUCCGAGUGCUCGUUUGCCCUGUUUUUGGACUGUCUCUAUAAACUGGGUCACGACCCAAAGGAAGACAAACCAAUCCCACACUCGGCCCUUCGGGUUGCAUUGGAGACUACCAUCGAACUUAUCAAGAACUGGGUCAAACAAGUGCAUCCUACUCAGACUCCAGAACCAUCCCUACUCAAUUUUGCAGUGACAGACGGCGAGUCGAUUUGCGUCUCUAGAUACAUCAGCUCCAAGACAGACGAGGCAGCUUCGCUCUACUUCUCUACCGGAUCUCGUUUUAUUGAGGUCGAACCUUCUAGAUACAAAAUGGAACGGCUCGACCGGUCCCAAGACAUUAUCAUGAUCGCGUCUGAACCACUCACUUUCGAGCGUGGCGAUUGGAUCUCGAUGCCUUCCAACUCGAUUCUGACAGUGAAAGACCAAACGGUUUUACUCCACCCAAUCAAGGACGAGUACUACCAAGCAGAUCCAACAUACACCAGAUCAUCCAAGUUUGCAGAAAGCAAGGGCCUCAUGGGCACAUAUCCUAAGGCAGAGAUCGUCAACAACGACCUGCCACCGCUUGAAAGAGAAGGAAGAUCAAGAUCGAUUGCAGCAUAG